CUAGCGCGUCAGAGCGUCGCCAAGACACGCGCGCACGAGAGCAGACGACGGUGGAGUACGAUUUUGUUUUGACUCUGAGGUGCCAGCUCCGUGCAAUUAAAAGAUGCCAAGUUUACGGUUAUUGGGCAGUGUGUUGUGGACUAGUGCACGACCUGGGUUCCGCUUUAGGGUCAGUAGAUACCCCAUCAUGUGUUCAACUCAGUGCCGCGAGUACUCGGUAGAACGUCUCCAGAAGAGCUACGAAGACCAUAAAGCCUUAUGGGAGAGCAAAAAAUUACCAGAUAAUGUCAACCCUCGUUCAGUCUUUGCAAAUAAUGAACUGGACCUCCGAGAUAUUGAGGUGUAUGGAUUUGACUAUGAUUAUACGCUGGCCAAUUAUGAGUCAUCUGUGGAACACCUGAUAUAUGACCUAGGGAAAAAAGUGCUCAUAUCAAAAUACAGGUAUCCAGAUGAAAUCAAAGAUCUUCAGUACAAUCGUGAGUUUGCUGUUCGUGGCCUUCAUUAUGACAUAGAGCAUGGUCUCUUGAUGAAACUUGAUCAGUUUCAACAAAUACAGAUUGGCUCUAUCUAUCGUGGUCUCACGGUUCUUAGUUCUGAAGACGUUAUGAAUAUAUAUGGAAGUAGAUCUUUGCCCUUGUAUUAUGUUGAAGGACAUCUGAGAGGCAACAGCUGGGAACAGUGUCAUUCCAUGGGAAGCUGUUCGUGUGAUACAAAAAUGGCCCAUUUGGCAGAUCUAUUCUCCAUGCCUGAGAUGUGUCUUCUUAGCCAAGUUGCUCAGUUCUUCAGUGACAACAACAUUCCUUACCAUUCAGUUCCAUUGUUUAAUGAUGUGAAGGCAGCAAUUGGUAGCAUACACCCAGAGAUGCAUCGGAUUGUGAGCCGGAAUAUCAGUGAACACCUCAUCAAAGACCCAAAUCUUGUUACAUUUUUUGAAAGAUUGAAGACUACUGGAAAGGAAAUCUUCCUCAUAACAAAUAGUCCAUUCUACUUUGUAAAUGCUGGAAUGUCCUAUCUCCUCGGAGAGAACUGGAGGGAUUACUUUGACGUUGUUGUCGCAAAUGCAAAGAAACCAGCAUUCUUCACUGACAGCAUGCGACCAUUCAGAGAGCUUAAUGAAGAAAUACUCAUGCAGACUUGGGGACCUGUUGAUAAAUUAGAGAAGGGUAAAAUAUAUCUUGAGGGCAAUUUGAAGCAGUUACAACGAAUGAAAGAAUGGCAGGGUCAGCAUGUAUUGUACUUCGGAGAUCAUCCUUACAGUGAUCUGGCAGAUGUCUCUCUUAAUCAUGGUUGGAGGACAGGUGCUAUAAUAUGGGAAUUAGAUUACGAGAUUCAGUGCUUAAAUGCUGAAAGUUACAAAAAGAAGAGUGGAUGGCUGAUGAUUCUUCAAGGACUAAUUGAAAGUUGUCAAGACUUUGAAGAUGAGGCAUCACGAAAGAUUGUACAGCAGUGGGAAGAUGAACGGGAUCAACUCAGAAAGGAGACAAAGAAGCUCUUCAAUCCCCAUUUUGGAAGUGUCUUCAGGACCCAUGAUAAUCCAACGUAUUUCUCAAGGCGUCUCUUCCGUUUCGCUGACAUCUACACUUCACGUCUGUCUAAUCUCAAUGAUUAUUCUAUUAACCACACCUUUUAUCCCAGAAGAGGAGUUCUGCCUCAUGAGUAUAAAUCACUUUUUGUUUAAAUCUGUUGUGAAUUUUCAGUCUAGAUCUCAUUAAUCUUCGUAAUUACAGACGAAGCUGUUAUAGGAGCUGUAUUUGAGAAAAGGUUGAGAAAUAAAUCCAGUGUUUUUAAAAUGGUAAUACAUUAAUCUUGCUGGAUUAAAUAUUACCUGGUCUCAGUAUAUGUUUAAUAAACAGCUCUUUACAGUGAAUUAUAAACCUGAAAGAUCAUAUUUUUAAAACAGAGUAUAGUUUUAUAGAAGGAUUUUUACAAGUUCACAAAGUAAAUAUUUUUUAUUAUGUAUAUAUACAUAACACAAAGUAUUUAUAAAUACUGAAAGCUCUCAUGUUUUAUGCCAGUUAGUUGAAUCUUUUAAUGCGGUUCAAUACUGGUUUUUAAAUUAACUUUGCUUUAACUAAGAAUAUGUUUUCAUCUAGAGUCAUGUGACUGUGAUAAUCACUGAUCAGAAAAGUAUCCAUCAAAAACUGAGCAAUUAUAAACAUUUUCAUGUUGAAAGGUGCUAAGCUUUAGCAAUAAGUAGUACUUAGUGUCAGUAAGAAAAAUAAUUUUUUUUUUACUUUUGUAUAUGAGAACCAUUUUUUAAAAAUUGGUAAUUAAAUACGUAACAUUUUCCGAAACAUUUUCUAUAGACUUUUAGCUGUACGUACUUGUUUGUAAUUAUCAAGCAUAUUUUUGUCUUGUUUCUUUUACAGUAUAUUACUUAUUUUACCAGGUACAGUAUAGGUAACCAAAGUAUUUUACAAUGCUUGUCUUUGAGCUCACAAAAACUUAAAUUGUUUUUUUAUUGUUACAUAUUGUUGCAGUACAUAUAAAUGUUAUGACACAAUUUAUAUAUUGAAUGUAUACAUUUUUGGAAAUAAUGUAUUAUAUUUUAUUUCUUAAUUUCUUAUUUUUUUUAUGGUCUCUUUUCAUUCCUUGUAAAAUGUAGACAUGCAAUUGGUGUACUGCCUGAUAGAAGCAUAUUUUCUGUUUAUUUUCGUUAAACUAGUAGGUUUAAUGUUCAUUUUGAACAAGAAAAUAAAACUAAUUAUGGCUACAUGUUGUAAAAAAACAGCAAAAAUAAUUAGGAAAAAAAAUCUGCUAAGUACUUUUCAUUAUUUAAUUCUUUGGUCUGAGCUGUGUACAACUAACACAAGUCAAAAACAAAGCUAGUUCUGUGAGAGUAGAAUUUUACCUUGCUGGUCUGGCCAAACUACUUGCAUUAUCUUACAGGUAGAGAAUAGUUAGGUAAUCUAGUGGUAGUAAAAAUAUAGCAAUUUGUUUCAAUUACUGAAGCUAUCAUCUGUAGUUUUUAAUGAUAGUCAUAAAAAUUUGUUAUAUUGUGGGAUGUUUAUUAUUUAUAUUGGAUGAAGUAAAUUAAUAAAUCUGUUUCAGUGGUUCAAGUUAGAAAGUAGAGCAGUCUUUAGUUCCAUGUAUCAACAUGUAAAUUUUUUUUCUGAGCAUAAUCAUAUGUUACUGAAGUAUAAGUGUUCACAUAUAUUGAAUUAUAUUUAUAAUUUUUUAUUAGUCAGUUAAUUGUAUUAGUUUGAAAAGGCUUUGUACACAGAUUUUCAAGUGUUUUAUAACACUGAAAAAUAGUCUUUUAGUUUUCAGCGGGUACAUUUUUUUUUUAAUUGACUUUUUUAGUUUUUUUUUUCUUUCUUUUACUAAAGUUCAAGCCAUGAAAUUGAAAUGGAGUGUGUUGAUUAGUUCCUUUGUUGCACAGGAAUUUAGAAGCUAGUGAUAGGCAUAGAGCAUGUGGCAUGACCUUUUCAGAAUGUAAUGAAUAAAACCUUAUCAAAAGAAUUGUUGUGUUCUAUGAUAUAUUUAAGAAUUGCAGUUCACAGUUUUGUUAAUAUUUUCUAUUUCAUUGAAUUUUAUAAUGAUUAUUUGUUACAGUAUUUUGAAGUAAGCAAUACUGCAUAAGAAUUUUAGGAGUUAUGAAAUGCCUAACCAUUCAAUUUGCUAACCAAGUAAGAUAUGUUAAAAUACAUAUUGCCCUUA